CGUAGCGGGAGUAGGGCGGAUGGCAUUGGGACGAUGGAACAAGCCUCAGCAGAAGCUAACAUGUUACCAAAGAGUAAUGACGUCUACGUAUGUGGAUUCAAUAUGUCAAGCCUAACUCCUAACGGGAGACUGGUUGUUGCGAUUGUUGGGAUUUUCAUUCUGUAUAUAUGUUUCGGCGCAUUACAGGAGGCUAUAUUCUCUGCCAAUGAUUUGCGAUCAUAUAGUCCAUUCCUUACUCUAUAUCAAUUUGGAAUAUAUUCAGUUUUAUCAUUUUUCGAACUACGCGCUCGUGGUUAUUUGGUAUUCCAUUUUACAUAUUCAUCUAUCUAGAUCAUGGAUACAUCUCUAUACUGUUAUAGCUGUAUUGACAUUGGGUUCCAUUGCAUUUUCUAAUGCUUCAGUCGGUUUUCUUAACUAUCCAACCCAAGUGAUAUUUAAAUGCUGUAAAAUGAUCCCAGUUUUGUUGGGUGGAAUUUUUAUACAAGGAAAAAGAUAUUCCAUUUAUGAAGUAUUAGCGGUGCUUCUGAUGACGUUAGGAUUAAUUUGUUUUACUUUAGUCGAUGUUUCUAUACAGCCGAAGUUCACUAUGUUUGGAGUUUUUCUAGUUUCUCUCGCAUUAUGCUGUGAUGGAGCUUUAGGUAAUUUUCAAGAAAUUGUCAUGAAGAAGUAUCUUAAAUCAAACACAGAGAUUUUAUUUUAUUCAUAUUCUGUGGGCUUUUGUUUACUUGCCUCCGUUCUAACAAUAUCUGGAAACUUGUUACCAUCGUUCUAUUUUUUUAAUGAUCAUGCAUUGCAAACUUAUGGUUAUGGUUUUAUAUUUUCAUUGUCCGGUUAUUUCGGUGUACAAUUUGUACUUUGUUUGGUUCACUCACAUGGAGCAUUAACUGCUGUUACGGUUACAACAUUUAGGAAGGCUGUUUCAAUCACCUUAUCAUUCAUUAUGUUUGAAAAACCUUUCUCUCAAGGAUACAUAUGGUCUGGACUUUUGGUUGUAUUCGGACUUUAUUUAAAUUUGUAUAACAAGAAUCGGUCAUCAUGGAAUGCUGCCAUUCUAAACAAAUUGAAAUCGUAUCAUUUAAUAAAAUCUGAUGCAAGUUCUACCUUACCAGUAUAGAUACAUACUUUUAAUUUAAAUUUAUUUUCUUAUUUCAUUUCUCUUUUGUGCACAUGUAUUUUUUAUUAUUUGCACAGUUUGUAAAUUAGUGUGUUAUUAACUCGUUCUUCCGUUCAAUAUAAUGGUGAAUAAAUGCACAUUUAAAACCACUAUGUUUUGAACACUGAACAAUACGGUUGUGACUGUGAAUAAUGAUAUAUCUUAGUUAUAUACAAAUUUAACUAUCAAAGUUUGCCACACAUUAUUGAUUGAUUUUGUACUUAACUGUUCUCUCUUCGCUCAUAGAACCCUUCUUUUUCUUAGGCUGUUUAUUUAUUUAUCAAUUUUAUGUUGAGAAAAUUAUCUGACUCUAUUAACAUGUUAAAUUUUUUGGUCUAUGUUAGCUUAAUUUUAUUUUACAUUAUUCUGACCAUUUCUACCAAAUAAGAAAACCUCAAAGACACGUUACUCAGGAUAUCAGUAUUUUGUGAGAUUAAUUCAACAGUGAAAUAAAAGUUAAACACUAUUGUUUAGCCAACAUAAUAUACACAAAAUGAUAAUUUAAAA